CAAAGUCCUUAAACUGGUCUCUUGUCCCCAAGAGACUGUGAGUGACAUAAAGUAGGGGUUUAGUGCCAAAUGAGGAGGGGUGGUUUAAUAGGGACACUAUGAAAGUGAAGGGUACCCACCCAAAACCCACAACCCAAAGAGAGAAAUCGCUGUGAGCACCAGCCCUUCAAUGCGUGUCGUUUUUCUCUUCCUCUCCAUCAGAAUGGGCGACCGUGGAGGAUUCAAUAAGUUUGGUGGACCAAGAGACCCGGGACAUGGACAUGGAGGACCCGGCUUCAUGCAGGACCAGGAUAACUCUGACAAUAACACCAUCUUCGUGCAAGGCCUGGGAGACGACUACACUGUGGAAUCAGUCGCUGACUUUUUUAAGCAAAUUGGGAUCAUUAAGGUCAAUAAGAAGACAGGCCUACCGAUGAUCAACCUGUACACAGACAGGGAGACUGGGAAGCUGAAGGGGGAGGCCACCGUUUCAUUUGAUGACCCCCCUUCAGCCAAAGCUGCCAUUGACUGGUUUGAUGGAAAGGACUUCAAUGGAAAUCCCAUCAAAGUAUCCUUCGCCACCCGCAGGGCUGACUUCGGAGGCCGAGGUGGCAUGAGAGGAGGUCGUGGACGAGGAGGACCAAUGGGUCGUGGUGGGUUUGGAGGAGGUCGAGGCGGAGGGUUUCCCGGAGGUAACGGUGGUGGAGGAGGAGGAGGAGGAAGUGGUGGAGGACAGCAGAGAGCGGGAGACUGGAAGUGUUCAAACCCUAACUGUGGCAACCUGAACUUCUCAUGGCGUAACGAGUGUAACCAGUGCAAAGCCCCCAAACCUGAGGAUGCUGGUGGGAUGCCCCCCAUGGACAGAGGAGGCUACGGAGGAGAGCGCAGAGGGGGGUUUGAUCGGGGGGGCUUCAGGGGCCGAGGCGGAGACCGCGGAGGAUUCAGAGGAGGCCGAGGUGGAGAACGGGGAGGAUACGGUCCAGGCAAGAUGGAUGCAAGAGGCGAUCGCAGACAGGAGCGCCGAGGCCGCCCAUACUAACCCCAGCCCACUCCUCCACUUCAGGACACAGAACAGUGUGUACUCCUGCUCACACCUUUACCUUUUAUACAACUGUCAACUCUCACUUUAAUCCUGCUGAUUCAAAAUGGGAUUCUUCUAGUUUUUUUUGUUUGCAGUUUUUUCAUGUGUGCCACUGUCAUUCUACACAGCGGAACUUCAUUUAUA